AUGGACCAAGCCGACAUCCCCGCGCUCCUCUCGCGCCUCUCCUCCGACGAGGACGCCGCGCGCAAGAUGGCCGUGUUCAAGUUGCAGUCCUCCAUCAACGACCCAGCCUUCGCCGACGUCUUCAUCUCAUCGGGCGGCCUGACCAUCCUGUGCCGCCUUAUCAUGGGCGCCGGCGGCAACACACUCGCCUACUCGCUACAGAGCCUGACCCGCCUUCUGGAGGUCGACAUGGGCUGGGACAUCUUUGAGGGCCCCGCCGCGGGGGACCUGGUGCAGCGCAUAGUCGAGCUGAUCGUGACCAACCCGCUGGUCAACAUCCUGCGCGGCGCCAUGUCCAUCCUGGUCGCCCUCGUCGGGAGGUCGCAGUCUUCGUCGGGCGGGCCAGCAGCAGCAGUGGCGGCGGGCGGACACGAGGGCGGUGGUGGUGGGGCAGCAAAUAAUAAUAAUACUACGGGCCUCUCGCCACGGUCGCCGGCCGCGCUGCGCACCCCGGGCACGUUUGGGUUCCGCGCGCUCAAGCCCGCCGUGGCCGUGUACCCGCAGUUCUUCGAGCUGGUCAUCCAGCAGCUACAGAGCGCCGACCACGCGCUGUGCGCCAACGCGCUGAUGCUGAUCAACGCGCUGAUCCGGGACGCCGUGUCGAACGAUGGCAACGGCAGCGGGGUGGCAGCGGCACCCAGGAGCCCCGGGGGCGGCGGCACGAGCGAGGAGUGGAGCAAGUUCAUCAAGCGGUUGCAGGAUCUCGGUUUGAUACGUGCUGUUUAUAACCUACUGCAGAGCUCGUCGCUGCAGGACCUGGCGCAUCCGCUACUUGAGUUUCAGUCGUUGACAAAGGUGCUGUUGAGGAAGUGGAGGGAGGACGGUUUUCAGAAGUUGCUGCUCGAACAGUCGACAAGACCGUUGGGCGAACGGUGCCCCGUGGCAAGGGCAAGUCUGGCUGUCACCAUGAUUCUGUACGACCACUUCGAGGUGGAAAAGUCGGAUUUGGAGGAUAUCAGGGGCUAUUUGGCUCUCAACGACCCUAAGGCUCACGACAAGCUGUUCCACCCCUUGCUGCUGCAGUGGUCGCGGCUGCAUACCGCUGGGCUCCAUGCCUUCUUUCGUCUGUGGAAGGCCACCGGGGCCCAGCGCGACGACUUUGACAAAGUAGCCGAGCUGGUGCGCGUCCUCGUCGAGCAGGUGGUGGGCCAGUCGAGCAGGACAAAAGACGUGCUUGAGGUGGAGGACGAAUUGCAAGAAUACGAUGCGACACGGUUGCGGGAGUUGCAAAUGGAGCUGCUGGGGCUAUCCUUCGAGGACCAAUGGGGGCCCCACCUCGUAUCAGUACGCGAGGAACUCAAGCACGAGGCACUACAGUUCGUUAAGGAGCAACGAAUAAGGUGCCUCCUCCAAGGCAGCUGGUUCACCAAGCCGAUGCCGCACACCCGGCAGGAGAGCUACACCAAGCGGCGGCUCUACCAACCAUGGCGGUACGCCAAGCUCUCCCACAACCGCCGCUACCUCCACUACGCCGACUUCCCCGAGAAGCUGCCCUACGAUCCGGGGCUAGACGCCCUCACCGAAAAGAUUGACCUGGGCACCAUCAGCUCGGUCGUCUCCAACGUGUCGACCAACUCGGAAGGGGACGCCCCGGAAUCCGAAGCUGACUACAGCCCCAACUCCAGCACGCCCAACCUCCGCCACAACGGCGCGGCCAUCACCACCAAGCCCACCACCAAGAUCACCAUCUACUCCUUCUCGGACGACAUGACCAUGGCCACCUCCAGCCUCGGCGCGCACACCCCGGACAACACCACCAUCAUCUCCACCCACAACGGCGGCCACAGUGGCAGCGGCGGCGGCAGCAACAGCAACGGCGAGGCCGCUAGGGAACAGCCCGUCCUCACGCUGUACCCGCCCAACCACAGCCUGGCGUCCGAGUGGCUGGACGGCUUGCUCAUGCUGCUGAGCCAGGCGCCCAUCACGGCCGAGACUAAUAAGCUCGUCACGUUGGUGAGCGAGUAUGGGCUCAAGAUUAGGCUGUUGAAUGUCAGGUUGGAGCAGAUCUAUGCGGGGCCGCCGCCGGCUGUGAUGGGGGGUGGGGGUGGGGGUGGGAAUGGCGUGGGGGUGGUGCCGAGUCGGGAGGGGUUGGAUGAGGAUUAUUUUUAUGAGAUUUGA